UAGGGGCGACGAUUGGAACACCAGAGCCCGCCAAUACCAGGAAAAGAGCUGGGCUCAUCCAAGAGCAAGUUCCCAAUAAGUAGCGUCCUCUUGUCACGGUUCAUAUGACUGGGUCCGCGAGGAAAAAGAUGUCUGAGUCAACUGAGGAUCCCAUUCCUACAAAGGAAGAAAUUGAUCUGCUAUGUCUGAUGAGGAUGAGGGAUUUUUUAUGCCUCAUCUUGAGCUACCCCAUGAAGCUUGACUAUGAUGAAAUGUUUCUGAAGUCAUGGAUGUCCCAAGUUUCAAUGUCAAGAGACCAAUAUUGUUCGCAGGAAAGGCUCCAACGUCUUGUGUCUGAAAGUCCACUGAAAUAUGUGAAAGGGAUAAUACCAGAGGACAUAACAGAAGAGAUUAAGAAUGAUGGUAGCAUCAUCUUCAACAAAAGCGACUCAAAGGAGCUUGCUACUGCUACCAGCAAAGACCCACCACCCAAUCAUGUGCCUCAACCCAUUCUUGACUUGGCUACUCGUCUUGCUGUUCACCAACUGGCUCAGACUUUUUCUCCAGAAAGCCGUGUUAACUCAUUUUAUUGGAUGGGAGCUCAUGUUGUAUGCUUGUCAACGAGAAAUGAUGCAGAAAAACGAAAUGUCGUGGAAGAGAUCAAAGCAAAUUGUCAGAUCAGCGAGACAUUUGAGAGUCUCCGAAUCAUUCAUCUUAGUGAGACCGAUGAAAUUGAUGAUGCUUCAAUGAUUCGGUAUCUAUCGACUACUAGUGCAGCGUCUUUUAAGAAAGAUUAGGAAUUUGAAGUUUUAGAGCUCCCGGGGGAAAAUAAAAGGCACGGAAAUUUGGUGCUUCUAGUGGAUAGGGAUGGUGACAAAAGAGUAGACCUUCGAAAGUUGCCACGUGUAGCAUAUUUUGGGGGUGGUGUUGUAAUCAUAACAACAGAAUCAUUGCACUCCAAAAUGUUUGAUUGGCUUACAAUGUGGAUGUUAGUAUCAGGACAGAGGAUCAUGUUCUGCCUUGGGAAGUCUUCUGCAAGAAUAUAGGCAAAGAGCUUGUAUGCUCAUCAGGUGACAUCCAGAGGGUUGCAGCGCAGAUCGUUGAGGAGUGUGAUGGCCAUCUUCAUGACAUUGUCUAUGAUGCAGAGUUGUUGAAAGAUGUGGGAGAUGUUCAAAUCUGGAACCAGAUGUUGCAAAAGUUACGGAAUUCGAUCCUACCAUACUACAACCGGACUGAAUUUAAACGUCUUGUGCUCGGAAAUCGUGUGCAAGAUCUAUCGAGUCUGGUGAGGAUGAGGGAUUUUUUACACUUCAUCUUGAGUUAUCCCAUGAAGCUUGGCUAUGAGCAUUCUAUGUGGAAAUGGAUCAUAGAAUUUUCAGACUUAAGAGCCCAAGAGGGUUCGCAGGAAAGGCUCCAACAUUGUUUGUCUGAAAGUCCACUGAGACAUG